ACGACGAAAUCAGCUGUUUUCUUGAUUGCCGAAACUUACAUUGAAUUUUCACCUCCCGAUAUACUGAAUUUUCACCUCACCAGUUGACUUUUUUCUGCACGUGCAAUACCAAUUUGUUAAAACACCAAGCAUUUUUCUAUUUUCCAUUAAUUGUUUUCGUAAAAAAAGAGUUUUUGUAUAAUAACAUUAAGAUGGCGCCACCACCACCGGGCAGUGAACCACCAAAAUCAUGGAAAAAAAUAAAUGAAGAGCGAAAAGCUCUGAAAAAGCAACGCAAACAAGAGAAACUGCUGAAAGAUUUGGAGAAAAAUGCAAAGUCUGAAUUGGACGCAGCAGAACCUACGGAAAAGCCCAAGUUGCAACCUUCAACUAUUAGCAUUGCCGUCCCCGGUUCCAUACUCGAAAAUGCACAAUCGGCUGAGCUGCGUUCAUACGUAGCCGGUCAGAUAGCGCGCGCAGCGUGUAUUUUCCGCGUGCAUGAAGUGAUUGUGUUCGACGAUGUAGGCGUGGCUACGGCACGGGAAACACAGCGCAACUAUGAUGCAGACGAUGCCGAAGAUGCAACAAAUGGUGAUGGCUUAACAGCAGUAACAGUGCGGAAAAGUUGCCUGCAAUUGGCACGUAUUCUACAAUACUUGGAGUGUCCACAGUAUCUGCGCAAAUUCUUUUUCCCUCUACAUAAAGAUCUACAAUACUCCGGUCUAUUGAAUCCAUUGGAUACGCCACAUCAUUUACGACAACAGAAUGUUUUCCUCUAUCGCGAAGGUAUUAUUUGUGAUAAAAGAGCAAAGGAUGGGUAUUCGUAUGUCAAUGCUGGUUUACUGAAUGAUGUGCUGGUUAAUAAGGCAAUCGAAGCGGGUGUACGGGUAACAGUCAAAUUGGACAAUGUGCGAGAUAACAGCAAAAAACUGCGCGGCACUGUAGUUAGUCCAGAUGAACCGCGUCGCGAAACUGGCAUCUACUGGGGCUACACAGUGCGCAUUGCACAUUCAUUGGCAGAAAUAUUUACUAAAUCACCUUAUUCUGGAGGCUAUGACCUAACUGUUGGCACAUCAGAUCGCGGUACCAAUGUGCAUGAGGUGCCAAAUCGUUCAUACAAAUUCAACCAUCUUCUUCUUGUGUUUGGUGGGCUCAAGGGUCUCGAAGCUGCGCUAGCAAAUGAUGACAAACUAAAUGUAGAUGAUCCAGCGCUACUCUUUGAUCAUUAUGUGAAUGUGUUGCCGCGACAAGGAUCGCGCACAAUACGCACAGAAGAGGCAUUAUUAAUUGCAUUGGCAGCGUUGCAGGAGAAAUUGCUGCCCAACGUGCCGGAAGUAGAGGAAAAACUUGACGAAUAUGAACUGCCGCGCAGUGAUUACACAGGCAUACGACCCGAUGUAAUGAAAAGCAAUAAAAAUAGUAAAAAACGUAAAUUUUCGGAUAAUGUUGGCGAACCAGAGCAUGCUGAAGUUGCAUAUCAGCAGGAACAGACAAAGUUUGAAGAGAAAACGUCACCGAAAAAGGCGAAAAAGAGUAAACAUAAUGGAUCUUUGGCUGCCACGGAAAUUGAAGUAAAACCAAAGUCGAAAAUAACGAAGCAAUUCAAUAAGGGCUUAAACAUGGAUGGAAAUGAUGAUGACUUUGAAGUGGUGCCAGCUAAUGAUAGCAAAUCAACGGUUGCGUCGAAAGAUUUGGGUGAUUUGAGUCGCUUUGAUUAGUUGAUCAUUUUAAAAUGAUGUUAAGUUAGUACAACGGUUUUAGAAUUAUGUAUAAUCUUUUCUAUAAUAUGUAUGUUAUGUGUACAUAUAUAAACUACUGCCUUUUUUUUGUAAGUAAUUUGUCUAUUUUGAAGUGUGGUGAUGUAAAUUAACUCUAAAGCUGUAGAAAGUUUUCGCGCCGCUCACUGCUAAAUAGUUUCAUGGACAAGGGCGAAAAAAAGUUUGAUAUUGUGGAUAGUGAAAACCUUCAAGCCAGCUAUGCACUCUCAAAAACAUCAAUCUUUCGAUAUAUGUAUGUACACUAGGACCGUACACAAUUAAGUCCGAAGGGCCAGGCAUCGUGGUAUUUGUAAUGUUGUUGUGUUGCGCUGGUGGCUUGCAAACGCCGUAAUGCAACGUUUGGCUUUGGAGAAAUGAGGCAAAAGAGACUGAAUUGGAGGAGGAUUGUUGAUGAGGCUAUGGUCCAUAGAUAAUCUAUGGUCCACCACAGACUGUUAAGCUGAGAGAGAGAGAGAGAGUAAUGCCACGUUUUAGCCGAAAUAG